AUGGACACAACACAGAAAUUCACUGGGUGGGUUUACUUCAUCACUAUCAUGAAAUAUGCUUACCCUAUUCGGAUAAAUGGGGAAGUCUUUGACCAUAGCCAUUCUUUUCUGCGUCUUCUGAAGGCAGGUGAUGUCCUUGCAGUCCGUGCCUGUGUUGGUUACCCUGGCGUCUACAAUGUGGCUCAAAGUGAAGUUCUCAAGAUUGAAAUUGGUAAAAGAAUUGACAGCCGUGGAUCCACCGAAUUUGGUAGAGAUGCGGAGGGUGUGGGGGGGAUGGGGAAAGCCAAGAUUGCACUGAAUGUUGUGAAGCAUAUCAACUCUGAUAUGCUUGAUUGCUCAUACACUCCUUGGGUGUCUGAUGGUACUUUCAGGGCUGAUUAUUUUGACAGUCAUCGUGAUCAUCAGUUGCGUGUUCUCUCUCUGGAUGGCGGCGGUGUUCGAGGACUUGCUUCGCUUUAUAUUCUCAAGGAUGUAAUGAAAAUGGUGAGAGAAGACAUGAAGACAAAGAAGCCAUAUGAAAUCUUUGAUAUGAUCGGUGAUACCAGCACUGGAGGCUUGAUCGCGAUUAUGCUCGGUCGCCUAAAAAUGGGCAUUUACGAGUGCAUUUAUACAUACAAAAGCCUGGUUGGAAUCAUUUUCGACGUAGAUGCGUGGAAAGAGUGGGCGAAAGACUUCCCUGGGGCCCUGGAUUGUUCAGUCUACUCUAAUGAGGCCUUCGAGGAUGUCAUCAAGAACCUCGUCAAGAAAAAACUGGGAAGCGAGGAUGUCUCGCUACUCGAGGGCAAUCCAGCUUGCAAAGUAUUAGUUUUAGCUGUCCAAGAAAAUGCAUUCAACAACCGCGGCCCAGUAUUCCUGCGUUCCUACAUGCAUCCUCAUGAGCCUCGAGACACGGGUAAUAUCAAAAUAUGGCAAGCUGCCCGUGCAACAUCUGCUGCUCCCCCUAUACUUUUCUCCCAUAAAAAAGUGCUCAGCGUCUACGGCUUUACCCGUAAAACCGACUGUUUCCUUAGUAUCGGCAUUGGCAUCACAGCCAACAGCAACCUACUCUGGCUCAAUGAUAGACUUCCCGCUUAG